GAUCCAUCAGCAGUAGGUGGGGGCGAGUGAGGGCCUUGCAUCAGGUGCAGCCUUAGCAUUUGAAAUGGUGCAUAAGUGCCGUUGAAAUGUCCAGGCUUUGUCUAGGGAGCAGAGCUUCCCCUGAUGCCUGUGUUUGGGCCCUGGCUCUACACACACCAUCAUUUAGAGGUGUCUGCAAUGCUCUUUCAUUGGAAAUUAACGUGGAUCCUGAAGUACAAGCUUUUGUUGAUGAGCAGGUGACCCUGAAAUGCUCAUUCAGAUCCUUGUCUCCCAUAACUCAGAAGCUGACUGUAGACUGGACUUACCAGCCCCUCACAGGUGGUCAUAUGGAGACAAUUUUUCAUUAUCAGUCUGUUGCAUACCCAGCUGUAGUGGGAACAUUCAGAGACAGAAUUUCAUGGGUUGGGAACGUUGCCAAGGGUGAUGCCUCCAUUGCUAUCCAAAACCCGACGAUGAAUGACAAUGGGACGUUCACCUGUGCCGUGAAGAAUCCCCCAGAUGUGCACCACAACAUCCCCCAGACCAAGCUGACAGUCACACACAGGGGCUUUUCUUUCCAGCUAACUUCAGCAGUGUUGCUAUCCAUCUUAGUGUUCCUCCCCUCUGUCAUUGUGGUCAUUCUGCUGCUGGUGAGGAUGGGAAGGAAAUUUGGAGUCCUAAAGCAUAGAAAAAAAUCUGGCUAUAAGAAAUCAUCCAUUGAAGUCUCUGAUGAGCCUGAGCACACUGAGCAGGGCACCUGCCUGGGGAGGAUGGGCACAUGGUGUUUGCAGUGUGUGGACACAGAUGACGAGGAACCGUACUGAUGGAAGGCCAAAGCUGCAGAUGAAGGGAGAAUGUGCAGUAUUGAAAAUCCCUUCCAGAAGGCCACAAGAACCCUGGAUACCCAGUGGCUCUUGGCGCGUUGGGAGAAGAAUUCUGAGAUGGGAGAAUCAACUUUUAUUCAGCCAUAGGAAUGAUGGUUUUAAAAUCUUGUUAUUUAUUGAAAAAAAGCAAGUCUUUUGUAUGCAAAACCCACUUGGCAAUAUCUUAAGGCAGAGGCAGAUAAACCUGAAAUAUAGCUUUCAAUUUAAUGAAACCACAGUGCUUCCAGUUAAACAAGCUCAUUCUCUCCUAACAAUUGACUCAGCACAUUCUCUGGUGUAGAGUUUGUGUCUGUCGGAUUGUUCCCUAUAUCACAUGACUGUCUUCCAGUUUGCUUAAGUUGAAAUUGCCUAAAGCACAGGCUGGUUAGGAGUGAGAGGUAGCGCUUUAAGUAGGUGGUCCUGAGACACAUCUAGCGAAAGUGGCUUGUGUUACACUGGUGCAUCCUUGCUGAAGUGUUACACCAGCAUGACAGGGCUGGAUUUGGCCCACUGGCAAAGGACAUAUCUGAGUGUGGGCUAAAAGGAGUUUGCUGCUUUUUCAUUGCUUGCUGGUAUCAUCUGCCUUAUAAUGAUGGGAUAACCAGCUUGUGCCUCCCAUCCUUUCAGUUAAAGUUUAAAAAAGCUGCCAGCUGCAUUGUAAUGAAACACUGGUAUUAUUUGCUUUGAAUCUUCAUUACCCAGCAGUCUGCGGCACCAGAUAAUUCUGUGCCUAGAAUGAAGUUCUUUGUAAACAAUGAAGUGUGACUCAUUUGUGGCUCUUUCCCCUCUGAUAAUGGCAAAUAGUGGCUAGAGUGCCCCCCGCUCCGUCUGCCUUGGACCGUCAUCUCAGGGCAAUGUCUAGGGGAAAGAACCCUUUGGACUGUAUUGUAAAAACCACCACAUUCCUCCCCUUUUCAUAGGCUCGGACGUUGAGAAAGCAGCUGAACAAACUUCUGCUGAGUGGGCUUCAAAAUGGCAAAAGUGACCAUUAAUAAUGCUGCAGUGUCUGACUCUGUUGUGCUAAGCAGGGCAGACAGCAUCUGCAUGAGCUGAACAUUGAUAGCCGUCACAUGUGUCACAUUGUAUUUUCUCUUCUACAAGUGUUACAGAGCUGAGAGUGGGGGAGAAUGGUGCAGAGAGCUUCCCUGGUCCAUAAAGUGAAAUGCCUCCAUAUGUAGCUGCCUUCAUCAUAGACAGGCCAGGAGGUGUCUAGCGAGUCGUGUGAGGUUCAUGGGCAGAUAGAGGAAACUACCGAGAGGCUCUGAAGUUGCAGAAUGAGGUGAACAGUGCAUCAGUAUAUUAGCAAAUAUUAAAGCACAUUACAGAGGGAGGGCUCAGUGCAUUGCUUGGCUGGGUAAUCACUGAACACUUCAAGGGGUGACUUUUCCUCCACCCAUAGCUCCAACAAUAAAUAUUGUGAGGACAGAGGUGCUAUGCUCAGAGUAUUGUCUCCUGUUUUAGUUCUGACCUGUCUCUGUAGUGAGCAGCGGAGUCCUGUGGGACAAGGAGCAGUGUGGAUAACAUACGAGGCUCUGUAUUCUUAUGUUUCCAGGACAGGCUGAGCAAUACUUACCACUUACUGCCAUCUCAGGAAGUCCAUUUUAUAGCUUCCAUCCAUUGAGGGCUGCAUGGGAUUCCCAGUACAGCUCCCAGACUGACCAACAGAGGCAGGAGUCUUCCUGUGUGCUUCCCCCUCUGCAGGGACUGCACCUCAGAACACAACUCUGAUAUUGCCUUUGCAACUCUUAAGUUUCUGGGUGCCCCUCCCGCUUCUGUGCAAGUCUGGGAGUGUUACCAGAGUUACAGUGUUACAGAGUUGUAUCUUGUCCUAGCCCUCCCUUUGCUGUUCAACUGAAAAGUAGCUUGCCUCAUUCUGGCAGUCGUCCUGUGCCUCUGGUUGCCUGUAAGCCUCAGCAUUUGGUGCCUUCAUUUACACAACAGCAGGCAGGUGUGGAGAUCCCAGUCUCUCGUUAAAUGAGAGUAUUGUCAAGAGCCUUCUCCCACCUGCUAUGACCCGUUGGGCUGGCGUCUGGCAGACUUGCCAUAAUACUCUGCAGCUCAAAACUUGCUGUAACUCCAGGAGUGAGUUUGAACUUUUACAUGUGCAAGUGCUGAAUGGGGAAUUACGAAGCUACCAGCAGGCUGGCCAUCUAACUGCUGCCCCGUGGGCUGCAAGGGGUGGAGUAUUUUUCACCAACGCUCCCCAAUAAGGAAGAGAGAGGAGCGAGGGAAGCAGUGACAUUCAUCACCACUGUCCCACUUGCUUUCUCCAUGUGGCAUUAACUGGCUGAUCCCUUUUGCUGCAGAUGCACUGCUGUGUCGUGGCCAAUAUAGCAUUUUGUUUCAUUCCAGGCCACGUUUUUCUUUCUUUGGCUAGAAACAGGCAGACACAUGGCUGAGUUUGAAGAGGAGCUUGUGAAACUAUCUGGCCUGACUGAUCGCUGUGAGCUUAAGAAAGAUUGAUGGUGAUGAUGGGAAAUAUGCCUAGGAGCAGAUUUAAAUAGGAGAGAGACCACAUACCCCAAUCCCCAUCCACAAACUUUGGCAUGGGUGUCUCAUUGCCAGCAUGGUGCUAUGUGCCCUGUCAAUGGGGUGUAAGCUGUAGUGCCAUAUGAAUCUGACUGUCUAGUCCAGAGGCUGUGUCUUUAAUUGCAACAUGGUAUUCAGGGCCGGCUGCUGGUAGCUGCUUUGACCACAACGCACAAUGAUAAGAAUUUCCCCUUUCCACAGCUAAAGGGUUUUCAUAAGUUUGCACUUACUGGUGACACAGUGACUGUCCAAACCAAAAGUUACUGGCAGGCUAGAGGGAACUGGUUUUAUGGUCUGGGCAGUAGCUAACUGCUCAGUGCUUUGCAGAAAUAACCUCUGGUUUCUACAGAACUUUCAACUCCAAGGGAGGCCAAAGCAUUUACAAACAAUGGCCAAAUCCUGUGCUUGAUUACGCUGGUACAAAGUGAUACUAACUUCCUGAAGCUCAUGGCUUUGCUCUGAAUUUAGAAUGUGUGUCAGAGUACAAUUUGGCUCUUACUUUGUCAGCUAUGUGGAAAUCCAGCUCUGUAUGGAUCACACCAGCAGUGUAACAGCGCCCGUGUAGGGAAAGAAGUGAAGCAGGAUAUAUGCUUGCGACGCAUGGCCAGAAAGGGUUAAACAUCCUGCAAAAUAAAUAACUCAAAAGACAGGUGGGGAGAUAAUGUUUGUGUUUUUGUGUAUUUACAUAUGUGUGAGUAGGGUCAAGAUGUAAUCAACAGUCCCUGUCUAUGCUGUAUUCUGAUAGUUCAGAAGUCAAAAGAACACCCUAUCAUUUAAAUAAAUUGUAAACACAGGAUAUCUCUGUAUUAAUAUCUCUUUGAAAUGUAUAGAAAAUAAUCUGCGAAUGGUGGAGGAACAAGCAAAUGGCCGUAUGUUAAUUCUACAGCUAAGUACUGGUGAUGGACCUCCUUCAAAGUCAUGCUAAUUAUCUUUUGAACUCCAACUUGUCAAAAGACAUGAAAUUGUAUAAAGAUCCUUGGGUCCUGAUUCUGUCAUCUCAGAUCUGCUUAGGCUUCAUCAGGGGAAGUUUGAGGCACAAGAUUGAGGUCCCAAUUAUGCUGGUACGCCCCGAAUAUCAUAUUUUGACAUUGUACUAUAACCUAUGAACUAUUUCUGAAAGAACUCUUUGCAACUACAAAGCUCACCAUCUCUGCUAUGAAUCUGAACCUCAAUGAAUUGAACUCAUGUCUGUAUGCAUAUUGAACUUUUAACUAGAUCUCUCUCGUUUUUUAAUAAAGUUUAGUUUAAUUAAUAA